AUGACCCCUGCUGAAUGCGGCGUCUACAGAGCAACGGGAGGAAAGCUUUCCGAUUAUUCGGACGCUCAAGCCGUUCGAAUCUUCCUCUCGGUCACCUUCACGAUCACAUGUCCUCUUGGUGCCACUUUCAACUUGUUAGUGAUAAUAGCUGUGAAAACUAAAAGACGUUUGAGGGCCCACAAGUCCAACGUACUGCUUGCUUGCUUGGCGGUGACUGAUUUAGCAGUGAGUGUGAUUGUUCAACCAAUGUUAAUUGCCCAGUCGAGUCUCAACUGGGCGGGUGGAACCACAAGCUCGAAUGUAUCGUGUGCUUUACAUUUGUGUGCACAAUUUAUUACAAGUGUUCUAUGUGAAUCGUCUCUUAUCCACCUGAUUUUGAUAAGCGGAGAACGAUGCUUAGCCAUGAAGCACGCUUACGCGUACAGCAACGGACUCGUCACAGAGGUACGUUUACUGGUUAGCUCAGGUCUGGCGUGGCUCCUUUCUCUGAUCCUGCACAUUCCUCUUUUUGUUCAUAGAUCAGUUUUUUAUGCCACAAACAUCAUUUUUAUGUGCAUUUCUCUCGCUAUCAUAAUUUUCUGUCAUGUAACUGUCUACCGCGAGGUUUGCAGACAUCAAAAGACACUUUCAACUCACAAAGUUACGGAAGAAGCAAGGCGGAAAUUUCUGAAAGACAAGAAGGUUUUCAAACUGACAGCUACAAUCGUUAUAGUGCUAUUUUUCUGUUACUUGCCCGUAACCGUUUUUAGAUUUGUUUUGAGCCAGUCAGGUUUCAUGUCUUUAAAAGCAGGUUUCAUCUUCGCAUCCUUUUCUGUGUCUUUUGCAAUAUAUAAUUCAUUCCUUAACCCGCUAAUUUACGCCAUCAGGAAACGACAAUUUCGUGUAGCUUUUAUCGAAUUAUUGCGCAGAAAUACAAACUUAGCUGAAGCUCAGGAAAUUGAGAAGAAAGUUUUUGGAUCAGCAAAUGCUGUGGGAGUUAGUAAUGGACAGAGGAAAAAACAGGAAGAAGAAAUUCAAAGUGAAGGACGGCAAAUCUCAAACUUGAACUUGUAA